AGCCCCCCACCCCCAUGCCUGACUGGCUAUGCCAACGUCACUGGUCCUGCUCCCUGACCCGGUCAAGAACAUGGAUGCGUUUUCCGGAGGCAAUUUUGCACCGAGCUCGUGCAGAAAUUUUAUAACCCCCAACGCUGCCCACACGUCGAACGACGUAAGUACUACAAGAUUUGGUGAGGUUGGAUGCAGCCCGUGCACAGCCUCGCAGGGAUCUGGAGGCGCAUCGCUGCCUUAUGGGUAUUUUGGCAGCAAUGGAUAUUAUUCAUGCCAGUUGUCUCAUACGCACUGGACUGGCAGUGGGGUUAAAUCGUCCACUCAUUCUCCAGUCUCUGCUGCCUCACACUAUGGGGAUAAAUAUACGGAUAUGUCAACAACGUCGACCGAAAACUAUGUUGCUUCUCGAGCCAAGGAGUUCGCAUUCUACCCGAGCUAUGGUUCGAGUCCGUACCAGCCCGUUGCCGGCUAUCAGGAUGUACCUGUAGUGCAGGGUGCAAACGGGCCUUUGGAGAACAAAAACGAAUCUUCCUUAUUACCUGUUGAAAGUUAUCACCCAUGGGCGAUCAGCGCUAGCAGCUGGAACGCACAAGUCUGCUGUGACAAGGAGCAACUGCAUGCAGGGUCAGUGUGGAAAGCAUCUGUAUCAGACUCAGUUCAUCAUAGGGGAGCAGACGCAAGUUCAUUUCGGCGUGGCAGAAAAAAGCGCGUUCCAUACACAAAGGUGCAACUGAAAAACCUCGAGCACGAAUUUGCGGCUAACAAGUUCAUUACCAAGGACAAGCGUAGGCGGAUAUCCGCACUGACCAGCUUAUCUGAACGACAGGUGACCAUCUGGUUCCAGAACCGGCGCGUAAAAGAAAAGAAAAUUGGGAACAAAUUAAAAUCUAACGGUUAAGACAACAGAGGGGAAAGUUCGGGUCGAAUGCACACACAAAGCUGUAUAUGUCGGCGAAACAUUUUUGUGAAUUUUUUGUUUGCCUGUACUACUGACUUGCAGAAAAAGGAUUUAAAGCCAACAGAUGCUAUGACACCGAAAGAUAUUUUUCCUCUGCGCCAGGCUGUGCGUAAUUACCGCAAAUAAGAACAUCAAUAACGCCGUGUGUUGUGAAAAUCCAAUAUUUAUGCUCGCAGUCUCGUGUUUUGUGCUCAGCGAUUACAUACAGGGAGAACUCAUCAUGUUUUCCCAACUUCAUGUAUAGUACUUGUUUAGUUAUUGUGUCGAUCUAAUAAUAAUUUAUCCUGAUCUAUCUAGGAG